AAAAGUGAUACUUCAGGGGCCGAAAAGCGGCGCCAUUCAGUGUCAAACCUACAGACUGUCUGAGAUGGGUCCUGGCUCUACAAACAUGCAGCGCCGGCUGAGGUAGUAGCCUGUACUCGCCGUGAGUCAUUCGUGCGCAAUGACAAUAAACAGACAAGGUUUGCUUUAAGUGUCAGCAAAUCAAAGCUUCUUCAACAAAAGCAAGGUCACCUUGUCUGGGAUCUAGCGGAGAACUGGAGCUCAGGUUUCAUGUCGUUCUUUUUCUUGGAGUGUACCAAAGAGCGCAGCAGUCUCUCCUUCAGGACUUAAUUUGGUGGUAAAUUCACUGUCCUUUUGUUUUUGUUUUUUUGUUUGUUUUUUGUUGGACUGCACCUGUUCACCUGGACCCACACAAUCACGUAUGAGGAGAGAUUUUUGGGGGGCACUGAAGUGGGGAAAGAAAAGUGACCAGCUCUUUGAGGUGAGGACUUUGGCACCAGGUCUCGGGAGUGAUGGCGGCGUCUGCACCCUCCUCCUCUGGCGGCGAACCGGAUCCCAACUCGACAAAUUUACGACCACCGGGCUCAAGUUAUGAUGCUUGGUGUGGAGUUGCUCAUGGAUGUACUAGAAAAUUGGGAAUGAAGAUAUGUGGAUUUUUGCAGAAGAACAACAGUCUGGAGGAGAGGAGCAGGAUUGUGAGUUCCCUGAAGGAGCGCACAGCCAAGAACCUGCUGUCCUGCGAUAACAUCGGCGGAGACGCGCGUUUCAGACGCACCGAGGUCGACUUCUCCAACCUUUUCGCCAGAGAUCUGUUGCCUGCCAAAAAUGGAGAGGAGGUGACCAUGCAGUUCUUGCUGGAGGUUGUGGAAAUCCUCACCAAUUACGUCCGGAAGACCUUUGACAGAUCCACUAAGGUCCUGGACUUCCACCACCCCCACCAGCUGCUGGAGGGCAUGGAGGGCUUCAACCUGGAGCUCUCUGACCAGCCCGAGUCUCUGGAGCAGAUCCUGGUAGACUGCAGGGACACUCUGAAAUAUGGAGUGAGAACAGGUCACCCCAGGUUCUUUAACCAACUGUCCACAGGGUUAGAUAUUGUUGGGCUGGCAGGAGAGUGGCUUACCUCUACAGCCAACACUAACAUGUUUACCUAUGAGAUCGCUCCUGUAUUUGUGCUCAUGGAGCAGCUGACACUGAAAAAGAUGAGGGAGAUCAUUGGCUGGCCUAAUGGAGAAGGCGACGGAAUAUUUUCUCCAGGAGGAGCAAUCUCCAACAUGUACAGUGUGAUGAUUGCCAGAUACAAGUUCUUUCCUGAAGUCAAGACCAAAGGCAUGGCAGCUGCACCCAGACUGGUUCUCUUCACCUCAGAGCAUAGCCACUAUUCCAUCAAGAAAGCCAGUGCAGCUCUUGGCUUUGGAACAGAGAACCUGGUCCUUUUAAGCACAGAUGAGAGAGGGAGAGUCAUUCCUGCUGAUUUGGAAGCCAAAGUAAUAGAGGCCAAGCAAAAGGGGUAUGUUCCAAUGUUUGUGACUGCCACUGCUGGUACCACCGUCUACGGAGCCUUUGAUCCCAUCAAUGAAAUUGCAGAUAUCUGUGAAAAAUACAACAUGUGGCUUCAUGUGGAUGGUGCAUGGGGAGGAGGUUUGCUAAUGUCCAGGAAACACAGGCACAAGCUGAAUGGAGUAGAGAGGGCCAACUCAGUCACCUGGAACCCUCAUAAAAUGAUGGGAGUGCCGCUGCAGUGCUCUGCUAUUCUGGUCAGAGAGAGGGGAUUAUUACAAGGCUGCAACUCCAUGUGUGCUGGUUACCUCUUCCAGCCAGAUAAACAGUAUGAUGUUACAUACGACACAGGUGACAAGGCCAUUCAGUGUGGACGGCAUGUUGAUAUCUUCAAGUUCUGGCUUAUGUGGAAGGCAAAGGGAACAGUAGGUUUUGAACAGCAUAUUGACAGGUGCCUGGAUCUGUCAGCGUACCUCUACAGUAAGAUAAAAAACAGAGAGGGCUACAAGAUGGUAUUCAAUGGAGAGCCGCAGCACACUAACGUGUGUUUCUGGUAUAUCCCACCGAGCCUGCGUGGCUUGCCUGAUGGGGACGAGAGGCGGGAGAGGCUGCACAAGGUGGCCCCAAAGAUCAAGGCAAUGAUGAUGGAGUCUGGGACUACGAUGGUAGGUUACCAGCCACAAGGAGACAAGGUCAACUUCUUCCGCAUGGUCAUCUCCAACCCCGCUGCUACCAGGUCAGACAUCGACUUCCUGAUCGAGGAGAUUGAGCGACUGGGGAAUGACUUGUAAGAGCUAUUCCUAAACCCUUUCCCCACCCAACACUGGUCUUUUCCGACUCUGGAGGGUCCUGAGCUUGGCUUCAUGUCCCUUUUGUCUCAUAAAAGACGUUGAAAUGUUUGCUCACAGCUAUUCUCUGGCAAUGCACAACAAAUAAUAAGCUCUGUGCCUCUCUUCUCUGUCUCUUCUGUCUUUAGCAGCGAUGACAUAUAUUCAAAACAUUUGCACACAGGUCAUCUGAGUGAAAAGGACAUAAGUCAAAACUUGAGAGAAUCACAAAAGCAUUCUUGCUUGGUAUUAUUGCUAAACUACAUGUCAAGUAAAAAAUAAACCUAAUAUAAUGUCAAUUAAAUGAUAUUAGCACUGGUUACUUUUCAUAUGAAAUAGAAAGAAUGUCUGAGCACUUGAAUGAUUCCCUCAAUAGCAGCUACAGUAUAAAAAAAAAUAAUUUUACUGUUGUACCAUAUGAAGAUCAGUAUAAAAAACAGAAUAAGACCCGCAUAUUUUUUCACAAGUAACAGAGCACAAUGUAGGGAACCUUAUUGCAUUGACAUAAACAGUAUUAAUGUAAAAAAAAAAAACUGUUGUCUGUCCAUGUCGUCUAUGUAAUUAUCAAGCCAGAUGCACCGCCACAUUGAACCCAUAUGUUAUUUCCCUUUGAUAUUACAUAGGUGGAAAUAUAUAACACAGUCAUUGUAACAAGUUCUGUACUUGUUUGCUAUGUUUUUAGAGAUUUUUUGUGUAGAUUGUGUAUAGUAUUGUUACAUUGCCUUUGUGCCAAAUGUGUCCUAGUUUUACAGUGAGAAAAUCCUAUAUGUAAAUCUGCCAUACAGUAUAGUAUGUAAUAGAUUAAUUACUUUAUUUAUAUCCAGAGAUUAUAAUUGUGAAUAGGUUAUCUGCUUUUCUGUUCCAUUUGUAAUGUAUCCUCUUCCUAUUUGGAAACUCUGUAUAAUAUCACAAUGUUUUAAAUAACAUUGAAGUCUUUUAGUGUAUUUGUGAACCAAAGAAGGGUUGAGUUAUAUUUCUGAUCGUGUACACGACCCUUAUUUUCCCUUAUGGAUGCAUUCAGAUGUUUCUAUAACAGUACUUACCGCCCUUAACUUUAGUGCAAUCUAUGUUGUGUAUCUGUGCAGUAUCAUUGUGAUUCACUGACUGAAUGCGAUUGAGACACUGGCGUGACUGGCAGUGUGGUGGCAACUGCCAGUGCUUUAUUAAUGAUAAAAAGCACAAUGCUAAACCAUGAUCAUGAGGCAGCUUUUAUCCUAUGGACAGAUGAUUGUCUGUAUUAUAACAUGUUAAGUAGAGUAAAACUAUAAUAUGCACAUUUUAGUUUGUCUUAACAUGCUCUCUCUAGGCACACUUUUAUUUUGAGAAAAAAACAAUGUGAGAAAUUGUAAUAAGAUUUAUUUAACAAUUGUACAUUCCGGAAUUAGUGGGAUGAAAGAUCCCAUGUUAAAUUCAAUGUGGGCACUUUGACUUCACGCCAUCAUUUGCAGAGUAUCACUGUUGUAUCCACAGCACCAAUAAAGACAUGAGCUGUAGAACAUCUGUGGGCACAAUUUUUUGCAGUUUGUAAAAGGACAUUUGAACUUCACAAAUAAAUAUGUAUGGCCAACAA